GUACCAGAGUUGAGAUAAGACUUUCUGGGAAACGUAGCUUGGUUGGACGGCAUUCCAUUUAGAAAUAGCCAUGUGUGCUCAGCAGCUGGGACUUUCUUUAACGCUCUAAGAAACGUGGAUAUAUAAAGUCAGCCUUGUAAGAUGUCCCUGAUGGCCACAUCUGCCUGCCGGUCAUCUGUGUUUACAUUUGAGUCUACAGUGCAUUCCUCACAUGUGCUGCGCUGCCUGGACGAGCAGCGCAAGCGAGACACAAUGUGUGACGUUACCGUGGUGGUGGAGGGUCACAGUUUCAGAGCCCACCGCUCGAUUCUCGCUUCCUGCAGUGAGUACUUCACGCACAGGAUCUCCUCCCUCACACAGCAUGGAGCGGUCAUCACGCUGCCACAGGAGGUGACAGUUGCUGGCUUUGAACCCUUGCUGAAGUUUGCCUACACAUCCAAACUUCUCUUUGAGAAAGACGAUGUCUUAGAAAUUCGCAACUCAGCCUCCAUUCUUGGUUUCAGAGACCUAGACAAGGCAUGCUUUGAUUUUCUCCUCCCUAAGUUCUUCUCCAGCAGCAAGAGCCCUGCCCCUGUUCCAAGAAAGACCUGUUGUAAGAAGGAAUGUAAGAGGCAAUUGUCAAAGAAAGACUGUGUCAUUGACUCUGACGAUGUAUUGUUGGAUGAAGAAGAAGUAAAACCAGUUGCUGACUCACCAACUCAACAGGAAGUGGCUCGGCAGUGUAACAAAUCAGUGACCAGCAAAAUAGAAAGUAAAAAUGGUACAGGCACUCUUACACCUGUAGCUGAAGGCACAAACGACCGUUUCAUGCAGCGUCCUAAGUAUCGCAAGUUCCAGCUGGCUUGCAGUAAGGAAACGUGUUUCACAGAGAAAAGUCUGAACGAUCCCAUAACAGUAAUCAAGAAUGACUGUGACCUCCCGUGCUCCCCCUGCUCCAGCAGUGUAAACAGCAAGAAGGACGUUGAAUUACCUGGUAAUUCAACCUCUAUUUCCACCAGGCAGACCACAAGAGGGGCUGAUAACCCAUGGAAAACUGAAAUACAUGACCAGAAAACAGGGGAUGACAGGGGAGCAGAGGUUUCUAUGAUUGAGAAAGACACACAUGAAAUGCAGAGAAAAUGGAAUAAUGAAAGAGAGAUGGAAAUGGAGGAAGACAUCAGCUCUACAGACAGAUCCAGUGUUAAGGCAGUCUCGUCAGGACGGAGCACAGAGCUGGGUGAGAGGUCAUCAGGGUUAAUGUUGCACCAUGGCCCCCUGACUCUGUCACCAGGACACAAAGGGUUCGUCAUGGACAGUACAGAGGGCAAGCAGGACUCUGGUGCACUAGCGCCAAGGUCCAUUCAUCAAAAAGCAGAAGAUCAGGUAGAAGCUGAGUGGGAAAGGGCAGAUGAUGAGAUAUAUUCUGGCUGGCAAGAAAGACGACAGACUGGCAGCGUGGAGAGAGUGACCCUGUCAAAUAAUGCCGUCGUGGAAAGAGAGGUGGCCGAGCACCUGGCCAAACAACUGGGGUCUGGCAUGGGCUUAUCUCAGCUGAAUUUCCAGGACCCUGAUGCAGGAAGUUCCUCUGAUACAGGGAGCGGACGGGCACAGAGCACAUCUUUAGAAUGGCUGAAAUUCAAUAACAUCAGCUCCACAAGCACAAGCUGUCCCGUUUACCAGGAGUUGGACCAGAGCAAAUGUUUAUGGAAGGGAGCAGAGCUGUCUGAGUGCGAGGGGGCGUCUCAGUCCGGUGUGUCAUCUCUCAACUCAGGGGAGGAUGGAGACUCAGACACAGAAACAGAAGGAGACAGUGAGUCCUACACAAGAGAGAGGGCCAGACAGGUGCAGUUGCCUUUCACUGUGGAGUGUAUUGUUGCUCUGAGCAGGAAUGACUUCCAACAGCUGCUGAAGCAACAGGUCUUCACUCAAGAACAGCUGGAGUUUGUCCACGAUAUGAGACGGCGCAGCAAAAAUCGCCUCGCAGCUCAGCGUUGCCGCAAGAGGAAACUAGACUGCAUAUAUGAUCUGCAGUGUGAAAUCGACAAGCUGAAGACAGAGAGGGAGAAACUAAUGAUGGAGAAGAGCCAUUUGAGCCAGAUGAGGUCAAAAACAUGUCACAGUGUUGCUGCGUUAUGCCAGAGGGUCUGCAACGAAGCCCGCCUGCAGCCAGAGCAGCUCCAGGUGUUGGCCCAAUACACCUCCCCGGACUGCCCUCUGUCGUCUUUCUUUCCUCACAUAGAUGCACUUCUUUCACAGCCUGAGUUGCUACUCCAGCCCCAGGCUUCAUUCUCGGCCUGUUUGGUCGGCUUUGAUAAGUACAUGGCGUCUGAGGAGGCUUCGUCCAACUUCCAAACAGAUACAGUUAGUGAUGGUCAACAUUCACUGUAGAUUCAGCAUAUUCAUUCCUACUUUGCAAAUGGAUUAAUAUACUUAGUUUUCUGGUUAAAGUGGAAUAGUACCUACUUACAAAUCAAGUCAGCCAGGGUGCAUGAUGAGAAUGUUGACCAUGUUAGCUUUGAGACAAUCACAACUUUAAUCAGAAAUCAAAGGGAACAAUGGUCUCUUUAUUUAUAAUGUGCUUCACUGCUUUAUUACCUCAGGAUAACGCACCUCAUCUUUAUACAUAGUUUAAUUGUUUAACAUUUUUAUAAAGCUUCUCAAGUAAUUGGUCAAUUCAGCAUACAAUACCUCUUGCAGACAGUGUUGGUUCACUAAGUGACGGUGCACUAAAACCAUGCAACACAACGAGCACAAUGUGCCAUGUUUACCUUCUGGUCAUAUGUCUGGCUAAGAUAUUUCUGACGGUCAUUGUGGUUGUCGCCACAGUGACACAGUUCUUCUUGGUGGCAGUCCGCUCUCAGAGCUCGGCUUUGACUCAAGUGCUGUCUAAAGAAAGUGCACCUUAGCAGAGUGUUUAUGCUGAACAUAAACAAAGCAGCUACACUUUUAGGAGAAAAGCUGCCUCACCCUGUGUGAUGAAAAUCAUUCCCAUCAUUUGUCCCACAUUAUGCGUCUGCCUUGUAUUGGUAUUGGACUCUUCUACGGAAAUAUUGUGUGUCCAGCCAAACUUGAUUAUCUUUAACACCCUUAGCUAAAUAAGUGUCAAGGGUCAAGUGAACAAUGUCGCAUUAACAUGCAGUACAAGCUCAUCGAUGUGUAUUUUUUUGUGUCUUAUAUACAAUCAACACCACGAUUAUGUUGAUUAAUAAGUUACUCCAUUUGUUGUAAAUCUUCUGACUUUCACUGAGAACAUUUCACCUAGUUUCUCCCUGCUUAUGGUAGAUCUUUGUCAGGACUCUUCACAGAAAACCAGUUUGCAACAUCAUCAUGAUCAAGUUUCACUGUUUUAUAUAUGCAUAUAUUUAUAGAUUUCUUAUCACCCAUGAUAAUCACGACUGUGCAGCUGGUCUUACAUUAUUUGUGUAAAUAAGAAAAUCAGUUAUACAUUGAUUGUAUGAGGAAAUGGUGAGUAACCACAUUGUGUUUUUGAGGACAAUGAGGUUUGAGGAUGCCUCACCAAGCCGAUUGCAGAUUAAUAAUUCAGUUGAUGCUAUUGCAUGAUAAUGCUGGUGCUUACCGCCCUCUAGUGGCAGUGCCUGUGUAGUCAAUAGACUGAGAGGUGUAUGCAGCACACAUUGUUCUACGACUGCAUUCCUUUAUUUUUAUUGCAUAAAAAAGGACUUUAUCUUUCUAUCAUAAUGUCCAAAUGGAUUCCUGUAUUUUUUAAGCAAAAGUGAAAAAGAGCCAAUGAACAUUGAAACAGAAAAUAAAAUGCUCAAAACA